AUGGCGUCCAUGCUGCGCGCCGUAUUCAGGCGGCUGAUGGCCGAUGAGCCCGAGACGCUGUACAGCUACCCCGGCGUCGUGGUACCCUUGGAAGAAGCGCAUCUGCACAGCCACUCUGCGCGCACGGGAAAAUGCGAAUUUGAGGAGCGCCCGGGUCACGAUGGAGAGGAGGACGACGAGGACAAGGACCAGGGCGAGAGCACGGGGAUGCUGGAGAUGAGCGCUGCUGAGUAUACGAUCGAGGGGCUCAGGAAAGAGGUCAGGAGGGGCGGGAGGGGCCAGUGGACUGAGUAUGAAUUGAAAUCAAAGCUCAUCAAUAAGGCGAUUCAGGAUAUCGGGAUGGGCCGGUAUAACUGGCAACUUUUUAUCCUGUGCGGAUUCGGAUGGUUUGCGGACAAUCUUUGGAUGCACGGCGUCUCUUUAACACUCCCAUCUCUCUCCGCCGAGUUCAACAUCUCCGAAAAGACAGUCCGCUACACCACCUCAUCCAUCUUCCUUGGCCUCUGCUUCGGCUCCUUCGUCUGGGGCAUCGGCUCAGACGUCCUCGGCCGCCGCAUCGCCUUCAACAUGACCCUCCUCAUCACCGGCGUCUUCGGCAUCCUCCUGGCCUUCUCCCCCAACUGGGGCUGGGUCUGCUUCCUCUUCGCAUCCCUCGGCUUCGGCGUCGGCGGAAACCUCCCCGUCGACGGCGCCCUGUUCCUCGAGUUCUUGCCCGACGCCUCCUCGUCGCUCCUGACGCUGCUGUCGGUGUGGUGGCCCGUCGGACAGCUCUCUUCGUCGCUGGCGGCGUGGUACUUCAUCGUCAACUGGCCCGCGGACCAGGGGUGGCGCAAAUUCGUCCUGACGAUCGGUCUGAUCACGUUCGGCAUGUUCGUCGUUCGUUUCUUCGUCUUCCGCCUCUUCGAGUCGCCCAAGUUCCUGCUGUCCAAGAACAGACAGGCCGAGGCUGUGGCGGUGGUCCACGGCAUCGCGUUCCGCAACGGCGCAAAGACUUGGCUGACGGAAGAGAUCCUCGACGCGGUGGCCGAGGGCGCGGUCGACGACGACGCCCCGGCACGCUCGUCUUCCCGCACGGGAUACACCACGAACGUCAUCCGCGACAAGCUCAGAUCGCUCUCGGGCGACCGUCUGCGGCCCCUCUUCAAGAACCGCACGCUCGGCCUCGCGACGGCGAUAGUGUGGUUCGUCUGGGCCACGAUCGGCAUGGGCUACCCGCUCUUCAACGCCUUCCUGCCGCAAUACCUCUCCCACGGCGGCGCGACCCCGCCAGAAGGCUCCCCGGACGAGGGCGCGACGCCCAUCACCCCCGACACGUACCGCACCUACGCCAUCACCUCCGCCGUCGGCGUGCCGGGGAGCCUCCUGGCCGCGUACCUGGUCGACCACAAGUCGCCCUGGCUCGGGCGCCGGGGCACGCUGGCGUCCUCGACGCUCGUCUCCGCCGUCUUCCUCUUCAUGUUCGUCAAGUUCGGCACCUCGCCCGCCUCGCAGCUCUUCUUCUCCUGCGUCAACUCCUUCUCGCAGAACAUCAUGUACGGCGUGCUCUACGCCUUCACGCCCGAGAUCUUCCCGGCCCCCGUGCGCGGCGCCGGCACGGGCAUGGCGAGCUUCCUGAACAGGGUCAUGGGCCUGCUGGCGCCGGUGCUGGCGGCGAACAUGCCGGGCGACGGGACCACGACGCCGAUUUACCUGUCCGGGGCGCUGAUUCUGGCGGCUUUUGUGGCGAUGUGCUUGAUCCCCAUCGAGACGAGGGGACGACAGAGACUGUAA